UGUUCCCAGGGGAAAAAUACUUCCCCUCCAUGUGCCCUUGGGCUUCAACUGGAAGAUGAGGUCCAUUCUUUCUAACCUACGUGCUUGUUCAGAAAAUCCAAAGAAAUCAAGUGCAUAACAUGCCCGAAGAAGGUUUGACACCAAGUAGGGUCUUCCUGACCAUUAUCCACACAUGAAUUUUUAUUUCUUUUUUAGAUUUUAUUUCUUUACGAGAGAGAGAGCAUGUGUUGGUGAGGAGGGCCAGAGGGAGAGGGACAAGCAGACUCCCUUGCCAAGCAAGGAGCCCUACUCAGGGCUCAGUCCCAGGACCACGAGACCUUGACCUGAGCCGAAGGCAGACACCUAACCGACUGAGCCCCCAGGCGCUGCUCCAUAUGUGAAUUUCUUAAGUUCCAAUGCCUCCAUCUGAUGUAGCUCUGGCAGUCCUUGUUUCUACCUGUGAGGUCCCAGAGGCACAGAGAAGGAGAAACCUGUUGAAGAUCCCAUGGCCGGAUCAUCCCUGGAAUGGGUCCCAGGAUGUUCCAGUUGCUUCUGCUGGGCACAUUCACAGUGCUCUUCAUGGAUGAAGGAAACCGAGUCCUGACAUCAAGAUUGGUUCGAUAUUGCUAUCAAUGUGCCCGCUUUGAUGGAUACAGAUGCCUCACUGGCUUGAAAAAGUGCUGGAAAGUCAAUCUAACAAUUUACAGAAGGAGUUGUACCAUAGAUCACUACUACUACGAUGAUCGAAUUACUGGGAGAGCUCUGUAUCGUUAUUCGGAACUGUCGUGUAAACCUUGUGAAGAGGGAAUGGUUCAAGUAUACCAUGACUUACUGAAAGAAACAAUUUGCUGCAAUCAUAAGGACAUGUGUAAUAACGGCAACAUAAAUUUAGAUACUACAGUGGUAUUUGGAAGAGGGAUAGAUAACAUGACUGAUGUGAUAAAAGAUAGAAGAUAAACAUGUGCUUAAGAUUUUAAACCAUAUAGGAAUGCACAUCUUAAAUAAUACUUUCCCCUUCCCCUAAAAUAGACCAAGAGUAUAGGGGCACCGGAGUGGCUCAGUCUGAAAAGCAUGGGAUUCUUGAUCUCAGGAUUGUGAGUUCAAACCCCAUGUUGGGUGUAGAGAUUACUUAAAUAAAUAAACUUAAGGGGAAAAAAAGAAAAGAAAAAGAGAUAGUAUAAAAGGAAAUAGAACAUAAAGUAGAAAAUUAUACACACAAAUUUACAAACACCAUAAAACAAUAUAACAGCAUUGACUUAACAUAUCAGCCAAAUUAAAAAGAUUUUAGUUUAGUAAACAGAGCAAAAUCCAACUCUUAUGAUGAUUUAGAAAUAUGACUGAGUCAAAACAAUUCGGAAUGUGUAAGUAUAAAUGAAUAGGAAAAUACAUAUUAAAAACCCAUAUUGAGUAUGAGCCUAUUUAUGGGCUCAAAAUCAUCAAAAGAGAUAAUAUACUUUAUAUUAUUAAAGUCACUAAUGUAUCAUAAAGAUAUAAAUUAUUAAAACAGGCAGCCAAUACCAGAGCAAUGACUUUUCUUAACAACUCUCCUAUAGAAAUUGUAGGAGGUACGAUGAAAAAAAGAAAUGCAUGCUAAUCAUCAGUCAUGUGCGUAAAUAAUUAGCAAGGGGAUUGAAGACAUAUACAACAUGAUUAUUAAGGUAAAUCUUAUAAAACUAUAUCUAAUCCUGAACCCAGAUAAUAGAGAACUUGGCUUUUCAAAUGCACACAGAAUAAUCACAAAGAUUGGUCACAUAUAUUUGCCCUGUGGAGGAUAGAGUUGAUUUACAUCUGAACUAUAGAAGGUUCAUAUUUUUCUCAGUACAUGUUUGGAAUUUUGGCCAGGAUAAAAACCUUUGUAAUGUGCUCUUUAAAGUCUGAAACUCCCCUGGUGACUCCCAGCAUCAUUUUAUUUACUGAUCUAAAUAAACUGUUUUCCAGCCUGGCUUGAUCACAUGGUUACAGAUAUAACGCCAUCCUCCCCACCAACCACAUGCACCCUCAUUAAGAACUUCUGUUUAAAAUAGCCCUGAUGCUGAGAUUCCUGACACAGAUUGUGGUUGUGUAAUCCCGUGACCGAGAGCAGUCUGUAUGUAAAUGAGGACUCCUGGGAGCUUGUGCAUGGAAUGUCUCUUGGAUUUCCUAAUUUUUGUCUGUACUCCUCUUCUUUUGCUGCACUGUAUCCUUAGUCUUUAAAUAAAAGCUAUAUUCAGUAUGCACUAUAAGUA